GAUAGGGGAGUGGAGAGAGAGUGAGGAAACGGGGAGGCCGUAAAAAGCUGCCGUCUCCUUAAACAUAACCAAUGUUUUCACGGAUGGGAGACCUGGAAGCGUGAGGCAGCAUGAGUGUGAAGGCCUUUGAGCUGGUGCCGGUGGUGGAGCGCGAGCUCCUGAUGGCAGACAAGGCGCGCAUCAACAUCGAGUGCCUGGAGUGCUGCGGCAAGUACCUGUACGUGGGCACCAACGACUGUUUCAUCCACCACUUCCUGUUGGACGAGCAGACCAACGCCAAAGGCCACACGGUUUACCUGUCUCAGAAGCUUCAACAGAAACACCUGGGGCUGAAGAAGGCCGUGGCCGAGCUGAAGGCGGCGUCUGCCCUGGAGCGUCUCAUUGUGCUCUGCGACGCCACGAUCUACGUCCACGACAUGCUCUCCCUGGAGGUCGUGCCGUCGGGCAGCGCCAAGAUCAAGGGCGUGUUGUCCUUCUGCGUCAACGAGAACCCGGUGAGCGCCGACCCCUUCUGCGUGGAGCUGGGCGCGAUCUCGUCACGGCGGCGCGCCGUGCAGAUCUACACGGUGCACGAGGACCGCGUGCAGCUGGUCAAGGAGCUGGGCACCACGCAGCAGCCGUGCGCCCUCAGCCUGGACGGCUACUUCCUGUGUCUGGCGCUCACCUCGCAGUACGUCAUCCUCAACUACAGCACGGGCGCCUCGCAAGACCUGUUCCCCUACGACAGCGAGGAACGCAAGCCCAUCAUCAAGAGGAUCGGGCGCGAGGAGUUCCUACUAGCUGCCCCUGGAGGACUGGGUAUGUUUGCCAAUGCGGAGGGCAUGUCCCAGCGUGCCCCGGUGAACUGGUCGGAGAACGUCAUCGGUGCGGCCGUGUGUUUUCCAUACGUGGUGGCGCUGGACGAAGGUUUUGUAACCGUUCAUAGUAUGCUGGACCAGCAGCUCAAGCAGACCCUUUCAUUCAGGGACGGACACAUACUGCAGGACUUUGAAGGCAAGCUGGUGUUGUCGUCCACGAAAGCUGUGUACAUGUUGGUGCCGUUGCCCCUGGAGAGACAGAUUCAGGGCCUGCUGGCGGGAAACAGAGUGGAGGAGGCGCUUACCCUGACAGAAGGAGCUCAGAGAAACAUACCCAAAGACAGGUUCCAGAUUUUGCACAAAAGAAUUCUACAGCAAGCAGGAUUCAUCCAGUUUGGACAGCUUCAGUUUUUAGAAGCAAAAGAACAUUUCAGAAAAGGUCAGCUGGACGUGCGGGAGCUCAUCUCUCUGUACCCGAUGCUACUGCCCGCCUCAUCGUCCUUCACGCGCUGCCACCCGCCGCUGCACCCGUUCGCCGACCUCAACCAGCUGACGCAGGGCGACCAGGAGAAGGCGCAGCGCUGCAAGCGCUUCCUCAUCAGCUAUCUGCACGAGGUGCGAAGCAGCGCCGGCACCAAUGGCUUCCGCGAGGAGGUGGACACAGCGCUGCUCAAGCUCUAUGCCGAGGCCGACCACGAGAGCCUCUUGGACCUACUGGCGUCCGACAACGCCUGUCUGCUCGCGGACAGCGCCCCCUGGCUAGAAAAACAUCACAAGUAUUUUGCGUUGGGACUUCUGUAUCACUACAAUGGCCAGGACUCUUCAGCUGUACAGUUGUGGGCGCGGGUGGUGGAUGGCGACCUGCAGGACUCCACGCGGUCGGACCUGUUUGAGUAUGUGGUGGACUUCCUCAGCUUCUGUCCCAACAUGGACCUGGUGUGGAAGCAUGCAGAUUGGGCCUUGAAAAGAGACCAGACGAUAGGGGUGCAGAUCUUUACCAAGAGGCCGGUGGAGGGACGUGACCAGGGGGCGCCGAUGAACCCGGAGGACGUGGUCACGUACCUGCAGAAGCACAGCCAUGCUCUCCUCCUCUACCUGGAGCACCUGGUGCUAGAGAAGCACGUACAGAAAGAGAAGUUCCACACGCACCUGGCGUUGCUGUACACAGAGCGCGUGCUGGCUCUGCUCUCUCAGCCGUGCUGCUCAGACGAGGUCCUGGCCCAGGCCCGCUCCAGACUCCAGCACCUGCUCAAGGAGUCCGACCUCUACCGCGUCCAGCUCCUACUGGGUAAGCUGGAGGGCGUGGAUCAGCUGCUGGUGGAGCAGGCCACACUGCGUGGGCGUCUGGGCGAGCAUGAGCGGGCACUUCACAUCCUGGUCCACCAGCUCCAAGACCGCGCAGCCGCUGAGGACUACUGCAGCUGGGCGGCGUCCCCCCAGGACCCUGCACUGGGCCAGCAGCUCUUCCACCUGCUGUUGGACACCUACCUGGAUCCCGACGUGCCGGGCGGCGUGGACAACAUGGCCGCCGUGGACCUGCUCAAUCGCCACGGCAACAUGUUUGACGCUGUGCGCGUCCUGGAGGUCCUGCCUGAAGGCUGGUCGCUGCAGCUGCUCCGCCCGUUCCUGACCACCGCCGUCCGCAAGAGUGCCCAUGCACAGCGUACGGCCCAAGUGGGCGUGGGACUGGCCCGCGCAGAGAACCUCCAGCUUCUGCACGACCGACUGAAGUGCCGCGGUGGCCCGGUGUUGGUGUCGGAGAAGAAGGGCUGCCAGCUGUGCCACAACACCUUCAGCGAGCCGGACUGGCGGUGCCUGCGUUCGGGCGUGCCCGCCCACACGCCAGCCAGCCCAGCUGCCGCGGGAUUCCGCCCACCGUUGCGACGCUUGGAGAACGGCAGCAACCACACAUGA